UUGCCAAAAAAAUGCAGAAAAUGGACUACAUGGAGGUGACUCUCCCCAACUACUCGUACGUAUUCAACUUCGAGGAGAAAUUCAUCCACCAAGACACACGUGUAUGGAUGACAAACAACUGGACAAAUGCAUUCUACUACGCCGGCAUAUACAUGGUCCUCAUAUUCGGCGGUCAAUACUGGAUGGCCAGCAGACCCAGAUACGAAUUGCGGGGUCUUCUGACCCUCUGGAACAGUCUUCUCGCUACUUUUUCGAUAAUAGGAUUCGCGAGAACAGCGCCUGAGCUCAUUCAUGUACUGAGAAAUCACGGAUUGUAUCACAGUGUCUGCAUACCGAGUUUCAUACUCAUGGACCGAGUCUCGGGCUUCUGGACCUGGAUGUUCGUCCUUUCGAAGCUGCCGGAGCUAGGUGACACAAUGUUCAUAGUCCUGAGGAAGCAGCCCCUGAUCUUCCUCCACUGGUACCACCACAUAACGGUUUUACUGUACUCGUGGUUCUCGUACACUGAAUACACAUCAACAGCCCGAUGGUUCGUGGUGAUGAACUACUUCGUGCACUCGAUAAUGUACACUUACUACGCCUUGAAGGCCAUGAGAUACUCACCACCAAAGUCAAUAUCAAUGGUAAUAACAGCCCUUCAACUCAUCCAGAUGAUUGUCGGUUGUGCUAUUAACGUGUGGGCAUAUCCGUAUCUCACACCAGGACAGAGUCACUGCUCCAUCUCGAGGUUUAACGUGCAUUUCAGUUUAAUAAUGUACUUCAGCUAUUUCGUGCUGUUCGCUAGAUUCUUCCACAAGGCGUACAUCGGGGGAAAGAAGGGAAAGAAAAUUUAUAAACACGAGGACAACGGACAAAUCAACGAGGAGUUUAGCAAUGGAAAGCUCAAGAGCAAUUGAAUCCUCUUAUCAUUUUUAUUUCUGAGUCUGUCGAGGGAUGGGUCGGGUGUCAGAAAAUUGAUAUUUCAUUCAGUGAACGAAUUUUCAAUGCAAAUGGACCAAAGACGGUUGUCAUCCAGGAAAAUCGGUUUAAUUAUCGGCACAUGGACAGUUUUUUUGUUUCAUUGAUUGCAGCACAAAUUUUUUAAUUAUUUCGAGAUUUAUCGAGGGAAGGGGGGCUAGAUUAGACGAUUUAGAUUAGGAUGCUGGGGGGGAGGCUCAAUACCGUAAUAUUUUCUAAGAGUUGGGUUUUAUUGCGAGUGCCCCGAUGUGAGGAUCCGGUGGGGCCAGUUCUCUCGGACGCGUGACCCACAUUCCAUGUGACGGAGACUGGAGAGAUCUCAUGAGAUGAGUUUCUAGGGGGAUUUGUGGGUUUUAUUUUUGCUGCAUUUUCGAGAGGUUUGGCGAAUGCUAGGUGGGGUUGGGGGGGGCUAUGUCGUGGGUGAUUAUCCAGAUGGAGCAGAGACUCUGGGGAGUUUCGAGUGAGAGGAAAGGGAAACGAAAAUGUUUUUUUUUUCAGUUUUUCUUGUAAAUAGUUAAUUAUCGAGGGAAUGAGGGGGUUUAGGGGGAAAUAUCACAGGAGAUUUUUUGUGGGGAAUUCAAUUUUCUAUAAAAAAGGUCUAAAGGUAUUUUGUGAUAGAGGCAAUAGUUUCUGAGAUAAUUGAGAAAGAAUGGAGAUGUCAAAUGAAAAACACAAAAAUUGUUCUUUUUCAAAUUCUUUUUUGUAAGAAUUCAAUUAUAAAGGUAAUGAGUAGGUUUAGCGGAAAAUGUCAUAAGAGAUUUUUUUUUGAGAAUUCAAUUCUGCACAAAAAGUUCCCGAGAUGUUUUUUCCUGGGGUCAAUAGGUUCUGAGCUAAUUGGGAAGGAAUGAAGAAGCAAACUCUCGAAACGAAAGAAAUAAUUUUUUCUUUUUCAUCUUGUCUUGUUAAACAUGACAUAAUCAAGGGUUCAUGAGGAUUUAGGGGAAUAUCUCAGACAUUUUCUUCCAACAUUCAAUUCUCCACAAAAAAAAUAUUACAAUUUUUCUCGUCAAUUCACUAGUUCCCGGAUGAAAAAAAAAAACAAAUCAGCAAAAUCUGGAAAUUUACUUCACUCAAAAACAAGAAAAAUAAUUUCUCUUCAGUCUCAAUUAUCUCAAGAUCAGCAGAGUGAAAUUCCCCAAUUUUUUUCUCAUUCCAAAGAUCUAUUCUCCACCUUUAAAACGAGCCCUGACAAAUAAAAAUCGUAUCGUUUAAUAACGAGAUAUUGAAGAAACCGUCACAACGAUUUCCCACGAAAUAAAAAUGUUUCCUAUUCUUUCCGACAAUUUAUUCAAUCUUCGCAGUUCACACGUGCAAAUUAAAAAAAAACCGCGUCAGCGUAAUUAUGUAAAUUACCGACAGCAUGAAUGGCGAGGAUUAAUUAUUUUUAUUGCUAUUGAUUUUGAAAAUUUAAAAUUCGAAUUCACUGAAGUUGAAUUUUGUCGAGUGCAAGGUCCACGGUCACCACCUUCUCAUUCGCCAAAUGUCUUUGGUUGAUGCAAGCGAGACUAUUAGAUAAUCAAACGUCAAAUGUAAAUUUUCAUUUACCCAGACAUGUGAAAAAUCUGUUUUUCUCGUGUUCACGAUGGCUUCGAGUGAAUUUAAUGGAGAAUUUAACGAGGUCGAGUUGACAAUGGGUGACGCACAUGUUCACAGUACAAUCGGGUAAAUGCCUCCCGCCCUGGUACCCCUGAAAUCUAUUAUUUAUAACGCCAAUUAAUUAUUUAACGGAAGGAUUUAAAAUUAGGGGGAGAAGGCCGGGGCAAAAUUGAACGGUUGUUUGAGGGUCAAGGAGUCUUGAGCUUAACUGGAACAAAUGAUAUUCAGUAUCAAAUAUCUUGAGAUUGGCGAAGUGGAGUCAAGGGAGACUGGUAUCAUUUUCAAGGUCCUUUCUUGCCCUUUAAAAUGAGAAAAAAGUCGUCCAAAUCGGUCCAUUGGUUCAGGAGAUAUUCACGAUUUUCGAGGGUUAGAGUUUUGAGGGUCAAACGGGAGAGACGAAUGAAGUGAUGAAAGGGUCAAAUUUCUUUAGGGUUAAAUGGGAGAGACGGGUGAAGAAGUCUAGGGGGUCAAAUGGAAGAUCAUUUCUUAGCCUUUAAAAUGAAAGAAAAAUCAUCCAAAUCGAUGCAUUGGUUCAGGAGAUAUUCGAGAUUUUCGAGGGUUUGAGGGUCAAAUAGGAGAGACGAACGAGGUCAUCAGAGGGUCAAAUUUUUUGAGGGUUAAAUUGGAGAGACAGCUGGAGCGGUGAAGAGGGCCAAAUGGGAGAGACGAUUGGAAUGAUCACUCGUCCCUCCCAUUUGACCUUUAAAAAUAUUUGACCCUUCAUUCGUCUCUCCCUUUUGAUCCUUCAUCCUUUUUUCAAGUAAUAGAGUGAAUUUUACUCUCAUUGCGUUGUUCAAGGGUCAAACGGAAGACCCUUGAUUAAUCUGCUCGUCUCUCCCAUUUGACCCUCAACAUCUCUCCCAGUUGACCCUUCAUCAUUUUUUUGAGUAAUAGAGAUGGCAAAAAGGUGGUCUGAAUUUAUCUCUAAAAUCGUCUUUCGCUACCGUUCCAUUUUGUCCCUCGCUCCCCCAUUAGUGAGACUUUUCACCAAUUGUGUGGAUUGUACAGGUCAUGAGAAAUGCGAUUGUCAUUUAAUAUUUAAAUGACUGUGUGGUGCUGCUCCAACAAUUGCGCAACUACGAUGAUACUGAUGUGAGGCACAAGUGUUUUAUCGAACGGACAUUUUUAUAUUUUUUUUUUGGUUGAUUUUUUUAAUUGUUUUAUGAAUUAAUUCGGAGGAGAAUUUUGAAUUGAUAGAGAACAUGGAAGUUUUUUGGGGAAUAUCUUCAAAUCUAUGAGAGAUAGCGGAAAAAUCCAGAGGAACAAAAUGUAGCCCUUGAAAUUCUCUCCAAAAAAGUUAUGACAAAAAUUUUUCUGUCUCUCUUACAUGAAGAGAUAUUUAAAAAAAAAUUAUUCCCCUCUAAAAUCAGUCCAUCUUAUUUUCUGACUCUACUAUUGCCUCGUCCUCCCCCCGAAAAAAUAAAAAAAAAAUGAUUGAAUGAAAUUUGUAUAGUAAUAAAUGGAGGAGCGAUGGAUUUGGAUGAGAUGAUUCUCAAAAUUCACGAGUUUAUUUAAACAAAUUCCCCAAAGUUAUUUUUUAUUUUUUCACCUCCUGAAAUGAGGAAUUCGGUUUUGUUCAGUCACUAGUGUAAAAACGUUGAAUGAUCCUAGAAAAACCAGUUUACUGUAAUCACAUGCUUUCUGAAUAGAUAAGUUUUCAAUGAUAAGUGUGUGUGUGUGGGUGUAAACGUGUGUAUUAUAUAAAUAAUAAUCACUUUUUACAUAAAUCGGCAUGAUGAGGGACUGAAGAUGAAUGGGGGAGGAUGGGACAAAGUGAAACCGUAUCGAAUUUCGAUGUUUAAGGGUCAAACGGGAGAGAUAGGCGGUGGGAACAAGAGGGUCAAAUGGGAGAGACGAGCGACGUGAUCACUCCGCUCGUCGCUCCCAUUAGAUCUUGGAGGUUUGACCCUUCGGAUUACUCUCUUGGUCUCGUUUAACCCUUAAGAAUGUUUGACCCUCCACACAUCUCCCAUUUGACCCUUUGGAUUAUUCUGCUCGCCUCUCCCAUUUAACCCUUGGGAAAAUACUUAAUCCUCCGUCUGUCUCUCCCAUUUGACCCUUCAUAAUUUUUUUUAGUAAUAGAGAUAGAAAAAAAGUUAUGCGAAUUUUCCUCCAAUUUCGUUAUUCGAGGGUCAAAUGGGAGAGACGAACGAGGUGAUCAAAAGAAUCAAACCUUCCUAAGGGUCAAAUGGGAGAGACAGGGAAGGGGUCAAGAGGGUCAAGCAGGGAAGACGAAAGAAGUGAUCCCUCCCCUCGCCUCUCCCAUUAGACCCUUAAGAACAUUUGACCCUUGAUCAUUUUUUGAGUAAUAGAUUUUGUUAUUCAAGGGCCAAACAGUCGUGAAGGUCAAACGGGAGAGACGGACGAAGUGAUAAGAAUCAAACCUUCCUAAGGGUCAAAUGGGAGAGACAGGGAAGGGAUUACGAGGGUCAAGCAGGGAAGAAGAAAGAAGUAAUCCCUCUCCUCAUCUCUCCCACUUGACCCUUAAGACCAUUUGACCCUUGAUCAUUUUUUUGAGUAACGAAAAAAAAAAUCAUGUAAAUUUUUUUCUCAAGGAUCAAAGAGGGUCACUCCAUCCCAUUCUUCCUCACAAUGAAAUGAUUAAAUGAGGGUUUAUUUUUUCGCGAAAAAGAGAAAAUUAUAAGAUAUUGUCAUAAAUGGGACAGUACGUGACACUUGCUCCUCAGAAAUUCUUUCUGGGUCAUUGCCAAUUUCACGCGAGGCAACGAAAGCCUGGGAGUGCCGGAGACUACUCUUGAAAGAAGAUUUCAACCGUCGAGAUUUUGCUUUUUAGAUCUUGGGACACGACCAGUACCCGAAAUUAAAAAAAAAAACGAAAAAUCGGUUUGGGAAUGUGUUAGGGCGUACGCGGAGCGCGCAGGACGUGCUUUAAAAUCGAUAAGUACACUCUCAAAUCGCGUAUAUCCCUUCAACUUGGCCAAUCUACUUUCUCUAAUCAUCUGGUUUCUAGAUUUUUAAUUAGGUGGAGGUCAUUUGAUUUCAUAGAUUCAUGAAAAAAUUGCUCGAGUUGUAUCAGAAAUUUUGUUUUUUGGGUUUUAUUGGCGUGCGAUUAUCUCGGUGGGAUGCGGGUUUAGAAGGAAAUGUCAUAAGACAUUUUUAUUGGAAAUUUUGUGGGCUGCGUAAAAUGUCUUAUGACAUUUUCUUCUAAACCCAUUAGAUUCCAAGAUAUUUACCAAAAAUGAUGGUGCAAAAUUGAAAAGUUUAACAUGUAUAUUUCGUUUUUCGUCUUGUUAAGGAUAAGAUUAUCUCGAGAACAAGUCGUUUUAGAAAAAAACUUCGAAUAACUUUUUUCUUGGAAAUUUCAUAAGCCAUAAAAAAUGUCCCGUGGCAUUUCCUCCUAAAACCACUGGUUUUCGAGAUAUUCAAUAAAAAUGAUAGAACAAAAUUGACAAGUGUAACAUGUCUAUUUUGUUUUUGUCUUGUUAAUUAUUUAUUUUUAUGAAUGAACAGUAGCAAAAAAGACGUCGAUAUUUUCUCACGAAGAGUUAUCUAACAUUAGAGAAUCUAAUGUUCUUCCAAAAGAUCAUUCUCCCCAAACCAACUCCAAACUUCACGAUACGAUCCCGCAAUUUCAUUUUAAAAAAAUUAUAAAAACCAUUUCAAAUAUUUUUUAAUCACUUAAGUACUCCAAGCGCAUCUGGAAUGUGUCAAAUUUUUGUAAUACAUUAUAAUUAUGUAAAAAGAGACAUGAGAAAGAAGCUUUAAUAUACCAUGUGAAGGACA